AAUUUUAAUUCCUUAUAUAUAUAUGUAUAUAAGGUGAUCACUUGAUUUAUAUUGAUAUUUAGAAAAAUGUGCUGCUUAUUGCUGCUGCUUUUACUGCCGAUAUUAGUAACUGCGAAAUCGUGCGAAUAUUCCGAGGAUCGAUAUUUUAUGUGCCAAAAUAAUUCUCUCUCCUGCCCCGGCGAUCAGAAAUGCACAUUUAUCGAACACUGCCCCGCGGUUGUGUCCCUAAUGGAACGACAGGAGCUCUCCGCCCACAGAUUACGACAAGCUGUAUGCGGAUACGAUCGAACGCGCCUGAAAAUCUGCUGUAGCGUGGACAAUUAUUAUUCCACAAGGCCGAUUUAUGCGAGUCAGGAUGUAUCACUGACGCAAUCGAGUUCUCAGUGCGGGAAGAGUCUCAUUCGAAAUAACGUAGACGACUUGGGAUCGUAUCCCUUCCUCGCGAGGAUCAGUUUCGCAAAUACAUUAACGAGUGAGAUUAAAUACUCGUGCAGUGGCGUGAUUGUUAAUGAGCGUACAGUAUUAACUACAGCUACAUGCGCACUCGCGAAAUCGGACAAAUACAAGUUAUGCUCUGUGCUUAUUGGUGAAUAUAAUACAGAGUCAAAUCCAGAUUGCAAUAACUUAUUUUGCGGACACAAUACCAGUAGCCACGAGAUAUCGUAUGUCAUUAAACAUCCGGGCUACGACGCAACAAGUUUUUCCAGUAACGUUGCCUUGCUUCGUUUGAAGAAGGCUAUCAAUUUUACAGCCACAGCGCAACCAAUCUGCUUUAUACCGGAGGACAGAUACGUCAGCUUGGAAAGUACAUGCACCAUUGUCGGCUGGGGUAAAUUGUCCGGUCAAAAAGCACAACCACCGACGCAACAGUCAUUACAACUAAAACUCGUACCUAAGCAGCAAUGUUCGGAUUAUUCAAGCCAAGGUCUGUCUGUUGAAUUGUGCGCCAAAGGAAACUGUGAACCUUGUUCAGGUUACAGCGGAAGUCCUCUAUUAUACAGAUAUGCGGACUCAUAUUUCCUGGUCGGAAUCCUAUCAUAUGGGUCUAGUUGUGACUCAAGCACCAUUUUUCCAUCUGUGUUCAUAAAUGUACAGAGAUACACAAGAUGGAUCUUGGAGAAUUCUUAAGAUUGCAAACGCAAUCAUCUCAAAAUGGCUCUUAAGAACACGAAUUGGUAUUGCAUUUUCACGAGUUUUAUUUUUUUUUUUGUUUGGUUUUUUAGCAAAAAAAUAUCUAUGAAAUAUUAUUUAUGUUUAAAUAUAUUCAAAUAUUUGCCGCGCGUCAUUUCCUUAGCCUCUUCUAGACCCAGCUGAUAAGCUAAAUCGUGCAGUUUUUUCACUUCCGAGAUAAGCCCGGUCAUUGUUAAAUUACCCAGUUCUGCAAGAAAAUUUUUUAUGAUAUUUAGCAACACAGGAUGAAGAUUCAUAUGUUAAUGCAUAUUAACUCACGAUGCAAUUGACUUAUGUCGUCCGCUGUAAAAUUCGCAGUCCAAAAACAUGGCUCUGUCUGCGGUGAAUUUUGAGCAACAAACUCAUGCACACCUGGAACUUCAUUGCUCGCUACAUAUAUGAUGUUUAUUAUGUAUGUAUAACUCCAAAAGAGAUCUUCCGAAAAAGAGAUACUCACUUUGUUCAGGCCAUAAAUCGGGAGAUGCUCUGUCCAGUUUCUCAAAACUCAUUAGACUCUCCUCUAUGGCACACAAAUCUAUAAAAACAGAAAUUUAUCGCUUUAGCUGUUUGUACUGGAAAUGUUUUCAUUACAAUAAAAUACUAUUUCACACUAAUAAACAUCUAAUAUAUACGCUUUUAAAUUUAAUUCAAUAUAACAAAAGGUGAUCAAUUUGUUG